CCCCUCCUAUGACUGGCAAGGCUCUGGGAGAGGAAGCUAUCAUAGCUCUUUCCGUUAUUUUUCCUGUUGUGGGUGAGGAGUCCCCUACUGGUGGUUCAGCUGAGGAAACCGGGCAACCGAUGCAAGAUUCCCAGGAUUCUCAGAAUCCCAAAGUCUCUAGGAUCCCUUCAUCUCAAAGUCCCCAUCUUGAACGUACUCCUAGUCCUAUCAGGACUGUGUUUCCUCAAUCCUUAUCAGAUAAAGGCGCUUUGGGAGACACUACUUUAUCCAAACAAACAGGUAAGCCUUAUUUCCUUGAAAUAACGUUAUAUCUUUAUUUUCUUUUCCAGUUUUUUUGAGUUCCUCCUUUUCUUUCUCCCUUUUAGGUCAAACCAGUGAGAAAUCCGCUCCCAAUGUUGCCUCUUCUUUAGAAUCAGAAAGUUCAGAAGGUGAGUGCGAGCUGCUUCCAUUGUGUUUCCCUUUCUUUUCUUUCCUCCCCUUCGCUCUUCUCUUUCCUUUUCUUUUAUGGCGAAGCCCCUUGCAUCUAUUCCUUCCUUUAGCCAUUUUGCCGUUGGUCCUUCACCUUUUCUUCAACUUGCCUUAUGUUCUUUCCCAGAAUCCUCGGGGAAGUCAGGGGAUCAAGAAGAAGAGGCUCUGCCCCAAGAAGCCGGAACUGGUUCUGAGCCUGUUAUCCCUGAAGGAAUUGUGAGACCUAUUCAAGUUGCUGACCUUCAUCCAGAGCGAAAGGCUGCAAGUCCCCCUGUCUCUGCAAGUGGUGACACAGUGAUGGGGGAUGCCUCGAAAGUGGCUGCCUCAGAUCUUGAUUCAGGGCUUUCCUCAUUCCUGACUCGCUUUGAUCUCUUGGAAUUUAACAGUCUUCCUGCCAGCCACUUCCAUAUUUUUGGGUCUUCUUAUGGCAGCUUCCUGCGCUUCUCUGUUCCUGUGGAAGGCCUGCUGCUGCUAGAGAGUCUGCUCAAGAGUCACGGGGAUUUCACCAGUGGCUUUAGGGGAGGCAUCUUUCUAGGCAAUAUUUUGGAGUUGCUGUGUGCCGUGCUGGUUUCCCUGAGGAAUUCCUCUGUAGAUUCUUUGUCUGAAGAAAAGUUUCUGGAGUGGAGAGGGGUGGUGCAAGACCUUCUGGAGGCCAAGUUCAAUUUGUCUUUUCUGCUGAAUCACUUGCGUCUGUUGGCUCAUAUGCUGUUUCAGAGGCAAUCAUUCAAGAGUAUAAACACUGAGAUAGCUGCUGUUGAGGAAGUUUUGGCUCAUGCUCACAAGGUUUUACAAGACUUGAAGGUCAAGCGGCAGAGGAUCCUUUCUACUUUGACUGUACCUGUUAUUUCUCCGGAUGCCUCCUUGUUGGCAGGCCUCAUUCCUUAGCUUAUUUUAGAUUUACAUAAACA